ACAAAUUUAAAUGUAAAUUAUUAAGACAUAAUUGAAACAUUGAUCUUUUAACUGGAGGGAAAACAAAAUAAAAAAAGUAAUAAUUUCUAACCGUAAUAAUAUGAUAUACUAUAUGUAUACGUAUAAAGUGAAUAUUUUUUUAUAACCUCAAACAACUUAUUGUUAGUGAUUGCUUUUAAUAUUUCUUUUCUCUAAUUAAAAAUUAAUUGUUAACUUAAAAAUAUAAAUGAAAAAAAAAUAAUACAAAAUGAAAACUGAAAAUAAAAACACUUCGGGUAGUGAGAUUAUGAAAACAACAAAUUUAAAUAAUUAUCAACAAAAAACAUUUAAAAAUAUUAAUAAUAGUCUAGCAUAUAGUAAUUCAAACAACACUAUUAUAAAUUAUAAUAUAAAUGAACAUAAUUUAAAUAAUAAUAAUAAUUGCAAUUCGAAUAAUAAUAAUUAUAAUUAUACAAAAAAUUUUAAUAAUGACGAUAAUACCAACGAUAAUUAUAGUGCAAAAAUAACAAAUAAUCAAUAUAAAGAAUAUUUUAAUAAUAAUGAUGUUAAUCAUAAACCUAUAAACAACAUAACAAACAAUUCAUUUUAUGAUCAUAACAAUUGCAAUACAAACAAUAAUAAUAUAUGCAAUAAUAAUAGCAACAACAAUAAUAACAAUAAUAAUAAUAAUAUUAACAGCUAUAAUAAUCGUAACAAUAUUCAUAAUGAUUAUUUAAUUAAUCAUAAUAAAAUACUAAAUUAUCAACAGCAGCAACAACAAACACAAACUACACAAAUAUCAAAUCAUCUUAGUAAUCUUAAUCAUAAUCAUAAUCAUUUAAAUGAUAUUGAUAAUGAUAAUCAAGAUCAACCAAAUGAUGAAAUAUCAAAUGAAAAUGAAUUAUUUUAUUAUAAAACAAAAAAUUUAACAAAAAUAAAUCGUAGUUCAACUGUUUCAAUAUUAUCAGCUCCAGUACCAUUAAUAUCGGGUGCUGGUGCAGCUGCUGCUGGUGUUAUAUUACCACAAAAUGAAAUAUCAUCUGUAACAACAGCAUUAGAAACAAUUGAUGACACAGAAGCAAUUAAAUGUAUAUUUUUGUGUGAAUUUCAUGUAACUGCCGGUCGAAAAAUUACAGUACAAGUACCUGAAAAUUAUUUAAGUAAAGAAAAAUUCGAGACUGUUAGUCGUUAUGUAAUACCACAUGUUGAAUUACAAAGAAGUUUUUUAUGUUUAUCUUUAUUAGGUUUUAAAAUACUAGGUUAUCCAGUUCGUAUAGACAAUAAACAAUAUGCUCGAAAUGCUUUUUAUUUUAAUUUAUGUUUUGUAUUUGCACCAACAACUAGGACUAUUGGUUAUGAACCAGUUGUUAAAAAAUUAUCUGAAUAUCUGUUAUCAAUGGAAAAAUCGAGCCGGCUUUUGUCCCAGCAAAGCUAUGCUUCGGUUGAAAUUGGUAGAUUAGCAAGAAUAUUGACACAAGUACGAAAUGACAUUAAUUCAAAAAAAGUUUGUAUGUUACAAGAGGGCAGCACUCUAAUUCCAAUGUGUGUUGUACCAAGAUAUUUAGAGACUGUAAUCAUAAGUCCACAUCAUGCGGCAGCACUAACAGACGAUUUUUAUAAGUACGUAAAAGAUCAAUGGGAUCUUACAACAUUACGGAUUCUGCCACAUAUUGAUGGAUUUAAUCAUGUUAACCGAAUAACAGCUUUAGCUGAUGUUGCUCUAGAAUUAGUCUGUGAUUGUUUAAAGCAUUUAGUUCUCUUAGGCGUCGCUGUACUUGUUCCAGUCUUUCAAUACAGUAAUGUCUAUAGACCCACACCAAAAUUAUCUCAAUUAGCAAAAGAUCGAGAAUUACAACAAAGAUGUGUACAAAGAUGUUCAAAAACAGAAAGAAAAAAAGCAAAAAUUCGAGAUAUUUUCCGAUUUUUUGCCUCAAUGGCACACGGUGCAACUUUCGGAGAACUUUGUGUAAGAUUUAACCCUCAAGCUCUAAAUAUUAGUGAAAAACAAAUGGUACUUUUUGGUCAACUUGAAGGAUUAAUAAGACGUGUUGAAAAGUACCCCGUUACUGUGGAGCGUGAUUUAUAUGCUGAAGAUGUUGACAACAUUACAAAACGUAAAUUGGGUUUGGUUUCUGGACAAAUACCCAACACCCCAGUAUUUGAACAACAACAAUCUCAAAUAUCCAACAACUCCGAUUAUCAUAAUUCUGAUAUAUCAAACAAUUCGUUUCAUCCUAUAAAUUCAAUGAAUGAUUCACCAACUUCGAAUCGUUUUUUAGCAUUAGAAGCAGGUGAUGAUGUUUAUACCAUUAACAAUGCAAGAAAGUACCGACGUUUACCAAGUAAACCAAUACCUCGUAGUGGUAGAGCAGCCGCAUCUCCACCCAAUAACAACAUUAUAUGUAAUAAUCCAACAUGUCCAAAGCAUUGCAAUAGAAAUUCAAAUAAAAAUGAAAUAAAUGUUAAUAAAACAGAAGGAAAACAACAAACUUUAUACAAUGGAUUACAGAGCUUUGAUGAAAUUUGUUCAGCAACUGGUUUAAGUUGUCAGCAAUUAGAUUACCAUUUAGCACGUGAUAAACAUGUUAUUGUUUUAUUAAAAUAAUUAUUUAAUAAAUGUUGAUAAUUUUUAUUGAAAA